AUGAGUAGACAAUCAGAGUUUAAAAUGAAACUUGACCCUGAAUUGGGUAGAUAUACAAGACAACAUAUUUAUGGAGAAGGAGUAAUGGAUGUGUUUAAAUCAGUUGGUACAAAAUUAUUUGGAAAAACAGUCAAAUCAGCUGUCAAAAAAGGAGCUAAAAAAGCAGUGACAGCAGCUGCAACAAAAACCGGUGAACAUGUUGGUAAAAAGGCUGGUGAUAAGAUAGUGCAGUUGUUAUCAAACGGGGGGGUUGCAUCCCCCCGAAAACCCCCUGCAAAAAAAGUUAGAUUUAAUAAAAAUGUUGAAAAAAUAUCUCAACAAGAGAUAGAUCAAAUGUUGAAUAACCUUCUUAGUGGAGGUUCAACACGUAAGAGAAAAUUAUAUAAUUAUCAAAAUAAAAUGAAGUCUUUUAGAAAUCCAAAAUAUUUAGAUAGAUAUGAAGAUGUUGUAUUUGACCUGGAACAGUCUUUAGAUACGACUCCAGCAAAUAACGCUCACCAAACUAAAACAGGUCUUAGAUUUGUUGCUGAUAAUACAGGAGAAACUACUCCUUUUGAUUGGUAUAACGCCAGACUAUCAAUGGAUUUUAAAGUAAAUAAGCUGGCAGAUGGUGGAAACAUUGCUGUUGCAGAUCAUAACGGAAUUGUAAAUGGUAGUAACUCAUUUAUAGAAAAAUUAAGUAUCCUAGCAAAUGGUAGAGAGGUCUAUAGUUGUAACUACGCAAAUCAUGUUGUAAAUAUUAAAAAUUUGCUUGAGUAUAAUCCUUCAUAUGCACAGAGUGUUGCUACAAACGAAUUUUAUUUUCCUGAUACAUCAACAGCUGCAGAGGAAAGAGAAUUUGAAGUUAGUGGCACAAAUCAGUUAGCUAAAAGAAAAGCAACAUAUAACAAAGGCUUUGCUGCAAGAAAAGCUCUAUUAGGUGUAUCAGCCACAGUAAAUUGUGAAAUUCCUCUUAAUAGAUACUCCUUCUUUGAAGCAUUGGAAGACAAGCUGCUUCCAAAUACAAAAAUUGAGCUAAAUAUUGAAAUUGAAAAAGAUGCAAAUUUAAUUUUUCAAGCCGCUGAUAAUUGUAGAGUUAUUAUAACAAGACUACAACUUUUUAUUCCGAAACUUACGUUUAAUUCAGAAGGACAAAAGUUGUACAUGGAGAAUUAUCUUAAACCUUACAAAUGGAUAUAUUUGAAUGAAGUAGUUGAAAGAUCAAAUAAUUCACAGCAACAGACAGGUCAUUUUAGAAUUACAAAUGCUAUUUCAAAACCAAGGCAUGUAUUUGUUUUUGGAAUUGAUACAGCAAGAAUUGAUUCACAAACAGCAAAUCCAUUUUUAUACGACACUUUUAAUCUACCAAAUAAUGCAAAUAUAAGAGAUUGUUACCUAGAAGUUGCCAAUGGAAACGAAUAUCCUGAUAUUCACUUUAAACCUUCUACAGAUUUGUCAAGAGUUUUUAGAAAUGUAAUGUCAUACGUCUAUGUAAAUAAUGAUUACCAAGGUGGGACAUUACUUAAUAUAAGUAAUUUCAAAACUUUAUUUCCUUUUGUUUAUUUUGACCUGACAAAACAAAAAAUGGAUAUCAAAGAUGGGGUCACAAAAUUAGCAUUUCAUUAUGAAUUAACUGCUAAUCCAAACGCCGAUUAUAAUAUUUACGCUUUAGUCUUACAUGAAAGAAUAGCAGAAAUAUCGCAACAAGAUGGAAAACUAUUACUCCGUGCUUAA